UUUUCAUUUCUCCGAUCUUCUCCACUCUCUUUGCUACACACUAUUCAAGUAUCGCUCCCCAAAAAAAACCAACACAAACUAUUCUACCAUGGCUAUUCAGGUCGGCGACACUAUCCCCAACACUGUUCUCACCUACGCACCAUACAACCCCGAGCACGCCGAUGUCUGCAGCGUGCCUCAGCCGAUGAACACGCACGACGCGUUCAAGGGAAAGCGCGUUGUUCUGUUUGCCGUCCCGGGAGCCUUCACGCCCACUUGCUCAGAGACCCACAUGCCCGAAUAUGCGACGCGCGCGGCCGAAAUCAAGGCAAAAAACGUCGACAUUGUUGCUUGCGUAGCAUCCAACGACCCAUUUGUCAUGGACGCCUGGGGCAAGGCUCACGGCGUCAAGGACAGCGUUCUGAUGCUCAGCGACGCCAACGGCGAGUUCGGAUCCGCCAUUGGUCUGGUCAACGACGGUACCAAGAUGCGGAUGGGCCCGAUCAGGCUGGCGCGCUUCGCGAUGAUAAUCAACGACCUCAAGGUCGAGUACCUGGGCGUCGAACCUGCCCGCGGCGUCACUGUCUCUGGUGCGGCAUCGGUCAUUGCCAAGUUGUAGAUACUGGCGCGCAUUUUGUGCGGACCAACUUGUAGAUGGAGAAUGUGUGUGUGCUGUCUCAAGCGGCAGUAACGAAAAAAAGUUGGGCCAAACUCUUGGCAUCCCCCGUCCACGUGAGACAUUAACCCCCCGCAUUUUGCAAACAUUCUGUCGCCUCAAAGAAGGGCGCGCAUCUUUCACAGGCCC